AUGUUGUCACGUGCUGCACGGGAGGCCUUUAUCUUCGGGGGCCACAAUGGCCAGAAGCCCUUGAAAACUGUUGAGAGCUUCCGGCCCUUGGAUGCCAAAGACCCUGGCGAAUGGAAAGAGGUGCCGGCCAUGCUAGCACGGCGUACAUAUGCGACUGCCUGCGAACUGGAGGGAAAGAUCUAUGUCGUGGGCGGUAGUGCUGAUGGCAGAACUCUGAACACCUUCGAGGUACUGGACCCGGAGUCCAAUGAGUGGGACCAAUGGUUCACAAAGCCUCCCAUGGGCACGAAGCGUACAAUGCAUGGCGCUGCAGUUGCCGGAGGGCGACUUUACGUCUCUGGGGGCUUCGAUGGAAUCAGAGAUUUGGCCUCUGCUGAGAUGUAUGACCCCAGGAGCAACUCUUGGAGCAGUUCCAUGGACGCCAUGUCGGUUCCACGCUCCUACCAUGUGAUGGUGUCCACCGGCGACAAAGUCUAUGCCAUUGGAGGUCAGGAGCGCCAAGUCAAGGACGAGCAGAAACCUCGAGCGCAUCAAAGCAUAGAAGCUUUCGAACUCUAUUGCGAGAGGUGGUUGCCAAUGCCUCCCAUGUCUGUGGGGCGGAUUGGUGCCGCUGCCACCACCUUCCAAGACGAGCAAGGAGAUCACCUUAUUUAUGUCACUGGUGGCUCUGAUGGAGAUCAGGUCUUGAGCUCUGGGGAAGUCUUCAACCCGCGGCUAGAGACGUGGCAGGAGUUGCCACCGAUGACAGUUCCAAGGGUAGGGCACUGCUCCUUUGCAAUCGAGGGCCGCGUCUAUGUCGUUGGAGGGAUGGAUGGCAAGGUGGUCCUGGACACUUACGAGGUCUUUGACCUUUCGGAGAAGAGCUGGUCAUUGCCCCAACAUCUGGGAGCUGAACGAGCUGGACUCGGCUCGAAUGGGCUUGUUGUUAUCGAACUGAGUAACGCGUUGUCGCCACAUUGUCCAUAA